UGUGUGCUACACUCAAAAUAGUUCCACUUGCUACAGUCACGCCCGCCGCAGGUAGCACUAACUCAUAUUUAAAACAUGUCUGUGUUUGUGUUUAUGAGGAACCGGUGAACUGGUUAUAGAUGUCGGACACCGGGGAGGAGUGGCAGAUUGCCCGGCGGCGAAAAGGCACGGCGCGGAAACCCAAGACACUUAAAGUGUGCUCAAAUUCAACAUGCUGCCAGGAGCCGCUGGACGUCAGGAAAACUGUCAAAAGAAUCAAAGACACAGUGUCUGAGCUCAAAUGUGAGGAGUUUUGGCAAGAGUGGAAAGAGCAGAUGUUGGCAGCCCUCUCAAAACCUCCAGAUCAGCUGACAGGGAGCACAGACGGGACACUAAGCCAGCAGCUGGAGUGUGUGUGUUAUGGCCUCGGCUCCUUUUCCUCCUGUGUCUCAGCUCGGUACCAGCUUGCCAUGUUGCUGCUGCUGCUGGAUGCAGGACAGAUUCCACUGAAGGACUGCUCCGUUUAUGAUCCUGCGUUCUCGUCUGGAGAGGAGGAUGUUUUGAGAGAGCUGGGUGUGACUGUACUCACAGAAAAUGAAGAGGGGAAGCGUCUGGCAACAAAGCCCACACUCUUCUACCUCAUGCAUUGCGGGAAGGCCCUGUACAACAACCUACUGUGGAAGAACUGGAGUACGCAAUGUCUUCCUCUGGUGAUAAUCAUCGGAAACAGCUUUAUUGGCAUGAGGGAAAGGACGAUCGAGCGAGAGUUUAAGCGGGACUACAGCUACAUUACUCAGGCUGUGUCUGUGUGUGAGGAGAGACAGCUGCCUUGUCCAUCCCGACUUAUUGAUGUCUUCAGUGACACAGCAGUCAUCACCUUUCCUACCAGCGGCCUUAACGGACUCCCACAAUCCACAUGGGCAGAGCCGCCUGAACCACAGUACCAACACUGUCCCGAUUUGGAGAUUAUUCGGAAUGAAACGCAGAGCUGAGACAGGAAAUGGACAAGACAUGGACAGUACUGUAUGUUUUUUUUUUUUUUAUGUUGCCAUUGGUAUAAACAGUUUUUAAUAAAUGAACCUGCUUAAUAUUGAGGGUUGAAUCUUGUAAUACUGCGCCACUAUCACAACAGUUUGUCUCAAGGAAAGGAAACCAUACUAACGAGCGUAUUUGAAUACCUCUUAACACUCCCUGAAAACUUGUUUUUGGUGACAUCUAGUGGUUAAAUUUCUCAUCUUUCUGCAGUGAUUUAUAGAUGCACUCCAGGUCAAUGUGAUGUCACUGUUUGGUGCAGUUACAGGUACAUUAAACCACUUUCCUGACCACAUCGCUGUGAUGCUGGAUCUGUGGGAAACACUGCUGUUCUUCCUUGUGUGGAAAGCUUCAGUAUUUUUAACCUGGAUACUGUUCUCCCAUGUUUUUGUGGUGCAUUAUUGACUGAGAUGGCUGCAGCCUGUUUGGCAGCUGCAAUGUAAUCCUUCUGGGCAAUUAUACAUUGUCAAAGCGUGUUCACUAAAAGUGCUUAUUUUUGACACUAACAGACUCAGAAGUGUCUGACAACAUCAUGGAAAUAUCAUUACAGAGAAAGACAUUCUUGUUGAAGAGUAAUAACCUUAUACCGCUGUGUUCAAACCUCCAGACUCCAGUGACAAAAACAGUUAUUUUACCUUGCAAAAAUGGGAGUGCCCAGUCUUGAUUGUUUAGUUUGUGUCAUGGUGUGACUUUGGUUAGUUACUAGUCCACGAUAAUACAAAUAAACAAACAGAUCGAGACACGUCUAGCACUGUCGAGGCUGCUUGCAAUUUUUUUAUUGUUCUCCAAAUAUAUAUUUUUAGCGUAAUCUUCCACUUUGUGCUGCUUAUUAUUAAAGUGUCUCAAUGUUUUCUCUU